AGUCUCCAACUGCGCUGCCAAUCCGGGCAGGGCGAGCAGCUGCACUCCUUCGUCGACGCCAUGGCAAGGACCAUCCGCGAGCAUUCCACAAGCUACCGCAAGCGGUAUCCCGAGCGGUACGAGCCGGCGCGGUCCGACGAGAUUAUCCUCGAUGAUGCCACCGUCCGCAAGAUCACUCCGAUGGUCUCCCGCUGGUGCUCCAGCAUGUCGUUUUGGGAAAAGGGAGCAACACCCAUACCAGUAAAUAUUCCUCCCGGUGGCGUCUGCCCGCACAACGCACAUGGAAGUUUGGGACUCUGCCAAUGCCCCAUCCCGCAUGAAGAGCGAAAGGGGCAUGCCUUUUAUCGGCAAAAGGAAUACAACAGUUGCUUCGAUUUCGAAGAUCAUAAUGGAAGGUCCUUUUACAACCUCGAACUCGUUAAGACGUUGCUUCUUUAUGGCGAGAUGGGCAUUAUCCUGCGCGUGUGUGCGUCUCCCGAGGUGGACCUGCGGACAUGGCAGACCAACGGCAACUGUCAAUGCUUGGGAGACGACGCUGGCUGGGAUCUGAUCUACAAGACGGCAUUGUUGCCGUACAUGGCCUUCAAUCUCAUCCACUUUUUCCCCGAGACAUGGGAUCUGAAGUCAGGCAGGACCGACGAGAACGACUACCGCCAGAUGAGCGGCUAUCUUUAUAUGCUCAAGAAGUUCAACGAAGCCAAGAAAACGACUUCGGAACUCGCAGCAUAUCCACAUUGGCAGUUUUUCGGCAUCAACCAGAGGGAAGAUGGUUAUGUCAUCAAGCCUGAUGUCCAGCCCCAAAACCAAAAGGACCGCGGUGUGUAUCCCUCCGGAACGGGGCAAAUUCUGCGCGACAGAGGCGUGCCGGCGGAGCUGGUCGCGGAAAUCAUGGAAACGGCCGAGUUUGGGCCGACAACAGCACGACUUGAGGUACAGCACCACCCCUUCCAUCGGUUCAACGAGGAGGAGCUGGCAAAGUAUGUCGAGUACUGCUGGCAACUGCUCGUCCGAUGCGAUAUGAUGGCGACGGCUCUGGGUCUGGAUAUGAACUGGAAUGAGAUGAUA